UCUCGUUCCUACAAUUACUCGUUUUGUUAUUCUAUCCUUUUUUGACCUUAAACUCCGCAGUUAUAAAUGUAGCACUUAGUUAUAAGUGUGAUGUAUUGAGGACUUCUUAUUUCUAUAAAUAGACUUAAUUUUAUUUCACUAAUUUGCUAAUAACUGUUGCAGUUUUAGUGGUAUAAGUUUUUAAAAUUACUAAAAGAAUAGGUGAAAUAUUAGUGAAUAAACGAUCGUAUGAUAAUAAUUGAAAAUUAAAGUGUUAGCCGCGCAGUGUUUAAUUAAUGUGUUUCGUAUUGCAAAAUUGAGUAAUAGCACUAACGGAAAUGUGUGAUCGAAGUGUUUAUAUUAGUGGAAUGGGGUUUUUAUUUACUUUUUAGUUCUUUCCAACUAAAACCAAGAUGUGUAUGAUGUGCAGCAGGUUCUAAACAGCUCAAUAUUAUUUUUAAAUUUGCACAUAUCACGAGCAAUAAAUAAUCACAAUGUAAUUUGUACAAAUUUUCUCAAUAAAUACUGGUGUGAUGUCGCUUUCAGUGUGCAUAAUGAGAGUUUAAGAAUAAUAAGACGUGUUACAAUCCGAACUUCAUUGCUUUACGCUUGAAAAUUAUGUAUCGCAAUACAUUAGUGUUAAGCCGGCCGCACAAUGGAGGAACAGGCGUGCCUCGUGCGUGCGCGCUCCGACUCUGAGACCUCGUCAAAACUGGGCAGCUUCGGCUCCCUCGCCAAGUCCUACAGCAUGACAUACAACGAGGGGAAACUUAAUGUGCAAGGCACGGAAGGCUCGGGAGACCCUGGUAACGCGGGGAAUAUGGGGAACGCGCCUCAAGAAAACGCGGAGAGCAACGAGAGCGGUGAGCUCCUGGACUAUAACGACUCCAGCGUGCUGGAGCAGUUCCAUGAGGAUGCGUUACGACAAGCUGGCUGUGGUUUAUCCCAGCUCAAAGUGUAUGUGGCAGUCUGCCUGGCCGUCGCGGGAGCUUCACUUGAGCUCGCCUCCAUCGCCUUCGUGUUGCCCUCCGCGGAAAUCGAACUGUGUAUACUGCCGCACGAGAAGAAUUGGCUGGUUCUAAUCACGAUAAUGGGCUGGUCGCUGGGCGGCGUGGGUUGGGGCGCGCUCGCCGAGCGUGGUGGCAGGCGACGAGCGCUCCACUCCGCUCUCGCGGUCAACGCGGUGUUCGCGACCAUCGCCGCCUUCAUGCCCACGUACGGCACCUUCAUGAUGGCCAGAUUCUGUUCAGCCAUCGGUUCCGGGGGCAUCAUAUCCACGGGGUUCACGUACGCGGCCGAGGUGGCGGCGCGGCCCUACCGCACGGCGCUGCUCGCCACUCUCCCGGCCAGUAUGGGCGCUGGCAUCCUACUGUCCGCUGGGCUGGCGCAGGCGAUCCUGCCCGGCACUGGACCCGAGGCGCUGGUGGAGAAUAAAGAGCAUUUUAGUGCUUGGCAUAGAUAUCUCCUAUUAUGCACACUGCCAAUCAUUGCGUCCCUCAUAAGCCUAAUAUGGACGCCCGAGUCUCCUCGCUACUUACUCGACGUUGGGCGAGAGGUGGACGCUAUGAUGGUUUAUCAGAGUAUACACAGUGGAAACCAGACGCGACUGUGCGGUCGCGCGGCGACUCUGUCGGGCGACGCAGACUACCGACUCGGCGAACUGUCGCUGCCGGGGAAGAGACGCCCGCCUGCGCUGCACCACGUCAGGCACAGUGUUAAAAUGUUCUGGCAGGCGUUUUUCCAGCUAUUUUCGAGCGCAUAUAGGCACACUACACUUUCUUUGGCUGGCAUGCUGCUAUUCGCUGUGGCUAUACAGUGCUACCUCUCACUCUACGUGCCAUACGCCGUAACGAUCAUCGACAACGAGCAAUACGACGCUGCCAAGAAAACGAUAACGAAUACUACAUUCGACAACGUUUCCUACAACGAGACGCUCGAGAACGUGGACUAUAUCGACGUGACGUUCCGGAACUGCACCUUCCGUGACAUACUCAUGUCGCAUGUGCAGUUUGUGAAUUGCACGUUUGUGGACGCGGCGCUUACGAACAUCAAGACGUCCUAUACCGCCUUCCGGGCCUCCGUGUUUGUUAAUUGCAACAUCAUCGACACGGACAUGGAGCAGGGGCGCGAGCUGCACGCGGACUGCGUGCUGAACGGCACGACGGUGCGCGGGAUGCGCGGCGCGUGCGCGCGGCACGCUGAUCUUCGCUGGGCGGUGCGCGGCCGGCUCGCCGAGCGCACGCUCGCCGCGCACGCCGCGCUGCUCGCCGCGCCGUGCCUUGUGCCGCGCAGCCUGCACAGACCGCCCGCGACAGUGGCAAUAUGCGCCUUGCUGAUCUUGCUGUCUCCCUCUAUAUACUUCGCGCAGAGCGAGAUGGCGUUAUACAUCGUGGAGGCUGUGUACGGACUAGUCAUCAUCGUGAUAUUCUUCGGCGUAGGGGUCAAGAUCAUUGACACCUAUCCCGCUCACUUGAGAUGCACAGCACAUGGACUGAUCCUAUCAAUAGCUUACAUGGUAGGGGCGGCGGUACGAGGUAUGGGAGCAUGUACCCCCCUUCUCAGUACAAUGCUAUGCGCAUACUUUGCAAUCAUGGCCACCGCUAUAGCCUCGCGGCUGCGAUAGAGCGAGACGGCGAUACGGUGAACUAGUGUGUUAGACAGUGACAAUGAUAUUUACAGUGAAAAAAUGAGAUGGGUGUUUUCCUGUAUUCUGUUAGUCAAACAAAAAUAAUAACUUUGUCUAAGGACCAGCUCACAUAAAAGUCAAUAGGUAGUUAUAAUUUGUGGUCAUGGGCAUAGCCACGAGGCUACGAUAGAACGAGACGGCGAUACGGUGAACUAGUGUGUUAGCAAGAGACAAUGAUAUUUUCAGUG